GUUUCAAACGUAUCGAAAUGAAGUCGAUUCUUUCCUCAAUUUUAUGCCUCGUUUUAAUCUGCUAUGCAAACAGUGCCGCGUUGGACUCCACAGGAGCAAAUAAUGAUUGUGAUAACCACAGGGUAAACAACAUCAGACUCCGAUUGACUCCAAUCGACAGUGACAAAGCACAUCCUGGUGAUCCAAUCAAAUUUUUCUCUGAAGAUUAUGGCCAGCAUAUCCUUUGUUUAUUCAAAGAGAAAGACAUCAUUUCAGUGGAUGGAAAAAUCCAAAAGGACGUCGUUAGGAACAAAGCCAUCAGUGAUCUUAGAGUAGGGGCAGAAGACGUAGGAAAAGCUGAAGACUGUGCUAUACAGAAGGAUGGUCAGAAAGAGACUGCCAUUGCUUUCUAUAAUUGUGUAGCUCCUCUAGUGAGCAAGCAUAAUCCUUCCAAAACUUUAGCUUCGGUAUUGGCAAGUCAGAAUUGAAAACAAUGUUGUAAUAUUUAGUUUGUGAGUAUCUUAUUAAACUGAUCUCUGUCA